GCAGUCCCUCAUGUAGCGGGGCGCGGAGCCCGGCUCUCCCAACUCAAGAUGGCGGAUGAGAGUGAGACAGCAGUGAAGCCGCCGCCGCCGCCGCCGCCUCCGGCGCCGCAGCUGAUGGAAGGGAACGGGAACGGCCAUGAGCACUGCAGCGACUGCGAGAACGAGGAGGAGAACAGCUACAACCGGGGUGGUUUGAGUCCAGCCAAUGACAGUGGAGCCAAAAAGAAGAAAAAGAAGCAGAAAAAGAAGAAAGAAAAAAGCAAUGAAACAUUGGAUUCUGCCCAGGACCAGCCGGUGAAGGUGAACUCUUUACCAGCCGAGAGAAUCCAGGAAAUACAGAAAGCCAUUGAGCUGUUCUCAGUAGGCCAAGGGCCUGCCAAAACGAUGGAGGAGGCCAGCAAGCGCAGUUACCAGUUUUGGGACACCCAGCCUGUGCCUAAGCUCGGAGAAGUAGUGAAUACCCAUGGUCCUGUGGAACCUGACAAAGACAAUAUUCGUCAAGAGCCCUAUACCCUGCCUCAGGGCUUCACCUGGGAUGCCUUGGACCUAGGGGACCGAGGCGUGCUGAAAGAACUGUACACCCUCCUGAAUGAAAACUAUGUGGAAGAUGAUGACAAUAUGUUCCGAUUUGAUUACUCACCAGAGUUCCUUUUGUGGGCUCUUCGCCCGCCAGGCUGGCUUCCCCAGUGGCACUGUGGAGUCCGAGUCAUCUCAAGCAAGAAACUGGUGGGCUUCAUCAGUGCCAUUCCUGCAAGCAUCCACAUCUACGACACAGAGAAAAAGAUGGUAGAGAUCAACUUUCUGUGUGUCCACAAGAAAUUGCGUUCCAAGCGGGUGGCACCAGUGCUGAUUAGAGAGAUCACCCGGAGAGUCCACUUGGAGGGCAUCUUCCAGGCUGUUUACACUGCUGGGGUAGUACUACCCAAACCUGUUGGCACUUGCAGGUACUGGCACCGGUCCCUUAACCCACGGAAGUUGAUUGAAGUGAAAUUCUCACAUUUGAGUAGGAACAUGACCAUGCAGCGCACCAUGAAGUUAUACCGACUACCAGAGACUCCAAAAACGUCUGGUUUGCGGCCCAUGGAAAAGAAGGACAUUCCAGUGGUGCACCAACUCCUGACCAAGUACUUGAAGCAGUUCCACCUGACCCCCGUCAUGAGCCAGGAAGAGGUGGAGCACUGGUUCUUCCCUCAGGAGAACAUCAUUGACACUUUUGUAGUGGAGAAUGCAGAUGGUGAGGUGACGGACUUCCUGAGCUUCUACACUUUGCCCUCCACCAUCAUGAACCACCCGACCCACAAGAGCCUGAAAGCUGCUUAUUCCUUUUACAAUGUUCACACCCAGACCCCACUUCUAGACCUCAUGAGUGACGCUCUGGUCCUCGCCAAAUUGAAAGGAUUUGAUGUAUUCAACGCACUGGAUCUCAUGGAAAAUAAAACAUUCUUGGAGAAGCUGAAAUUUGGAAUCGGAGAUGGCAACCUGCAGUAUUAUCUCUACAAUUGGAAGUGCCCUAGCAUGGGAGCAGAGAAGGUUGGACUGGUGUUGCAGUAAUCAGCUGCCAAUGAAAAUUGGACAAAGCCACUGAGAAUUCAGAGCAGGACACGGAACCCGCCGCUGUUGGUCUGAUUUUCCUGGAAGCGAAAAUCCCCAGCUGAGGGAGCAGAACCGAACCAGCUACACCAAACAGCCACUGACUUUGACAAUUGAAUCACAACGGCGUAGGCUGUCACCUCUGGUGGCUUCUCUGGUCUCUGUUUUCCAAUUAAUUACAUCCUCAUGCAGCCAUGAUCAAGGGAAUGUAACUGCUGAAAACUAGCUCAUGAUUGGCAUAUUAUGGAGUUAACGGGUGAAUAAUAAAAAUAUAUAUAUUAUAUAUA